GGGCUGCUCACUGGGCUCUGUCAGUUCUCAAGCUGAGCUGGGGCUUGGAUAUUAUAUUAGACGUGCCUCAGCAGUGAGUUCUCACUCUGGCUGGGCAGAAACUUUCCACAGCUAAGGGGGGAAAGGGUGGGGAAGAGCGACUGUCCUGAGGACACCCCUCAUUUGCAGGAUAUGGAGGGCAGACCAGCAGAGACCAAUCCAGAGGUGGAGAAGUCAGCAUCCCUAUCUGUGGCUCAGCUGGCAGGAAAGUUCAAGGAGCAAGCAGCCACCAUUUCUGGAAAGGAGAUACCAGCUAAUAAACCAACCCGGAGGAAACCACCAUGCUCCCUUCCCCUACACACCCAAAAGUUGGAGCUGGGCCACAGUGGGGAGCCGAAGCAGUCUCCAAAUGCUUGUCCCCUUCCCAGGGUCAAGGUGAAAAGCUCUCCCCUGAUUGAAAAACUGCAGGCCAAUCUGGCAUUUGCUCCAGCUGCCCUGGUGCCAGGUACAUCUCCAAAAAGCCCAGGUCUGAAAGUCAUACCAUCUCCCUUUAGCACUCCCCCUUCAACUCCCAGUAGCCCCGGCAUCCAGUCCCAUUCCAGUGAAUCGGAUGAGACACCAGUCAGUUUUGAUCAACCACCAGAGGGCACUCACCUGAAGUUUUAUAACAAGGUGCGGACACGGGGAUCACUGAAGCGCAGACCCCCUUCCAGGAAAUUCCGAAAGUCCCAGUCAGACUCCGGAGAUGGUGAAGAUUUAAGGGCGACUGGAUCAUCUCAAGAAAAUGGGGUCAAAGAAGAGGAUGGUGAUGAGGUAUUCGUGCCUAAGAGUCAGAAAGAGGAGUCACAGUCACUUGUGUGUGAAACAGGAAGUAAACUGAUGCAGAAACAGAUAGGAUCCAAUGAAAAGCCACCCUCAGGGAGAGGGUCCAGCAGGACAGAAAACAAAGAGGAGAGAGAAAAAGAAAUAGAAGCAGUGAAACCACGCAAGAGCAGCACAGGAGAUAAGGAGAAGCCGUGCCAGAGCCCUCCAGGGGAGGAAGAGAGGAAGUCAUCCCAGAGCACGCCAGAGGAGAAGCCAUGCCCAAGUACCAUGGGAGAUAAGGAUAAGAAGUUGUGCCAGAACACCCCAGAGAAUAAGGAAGGGAGCACCCUGGGGGAAAGGGAGGGUGGCAAUGCCUCUGAACAGGAAAAAAGGAACAAAGAAAAUAAAGAGGUGAAAAAGGAAGAAAACAGUGAGGGCAAAGACACACAGGAAACAUCAGACACCCAGGAAAAGUCCCUGAAGAUGGGGAUGUCGCAGCCAGCAGCAGACACAGGAACUGCCAGUGAGCAUCACAGUGUGCUGCCAAUGCAAGAACCGGGCACAGAGGUUCAAAAAGGAUGUACUGGCUGACUUUUCUUGGGGUAUAUUGAGCAACUUCAUGGCUAUGUCUGGAGACCUGAUGCACAGUAGCUUGGGCAUGACAAACACCACCAUUUCUGGGCCCACUGUUCACCAUUACAGCAGAGUUCCAAAUUUUGUUUGCUCCCCCAUUUUGGACUUUGAUGCAGUUUAUCAGUUUUGGACAUAUAUAAGUUUUGCCUUUUUAAAUAGCUUCCUUUGAAAUAUUUUCAGUUUUCAAAUGUAAGUAAAUGAAGUUUUUAAAAGUAGGGAAAAAUGAUUUUCUCUCUACACAUAUAUAUGCUGUAUGGCAGACAAUGUGAAUCCUAAAUCUGGAGAAGAUCAUUUUAAAAUGGUUUAUACAGCAUCUUUGAUGAAUAUCUACUUGGACUAGUGUUGGGCUGGCAAAUCUGUAUAUGAAACACCUAACAGCUAAAGAUUAUUUUUCUAUAGGAUUUUUUGUGUGUGGUUUUUUUCGUGCUGGUGAGAAGUAGCAACUGAAGUACCAUAUCCACAGAACACUUACAGCAUGGGAAGUAAUAGUGCAAGCUUUCCUCAUACUACUCCACCACUGUGUUCAACUGUUACACUUGAUCCUUGCAAGUAAGUCAGUUGUCAUGACAUCUUCAGUCUUUGGACUCUACUGAGACUGCCAACAAGUGGCCAGUUAGAAUCACUUUUAAUUUUUUUGUGAAAUGGACACUUGUUUACUGCAAACUGGACUGAAAUAACCUAUACAUUUCAUGUAAGCUAGUGAACAGCCUAUGUAUGAUUGAGUUUCACUUACUAUGGCAGUGGUGGGCAACCUGUGGCCUGUUAGGGUAAUCUGCUGGCAGGCCGCCAGACCAUUUGUUUACAUUUGCACAGCCACCCACAACUCCCAAUGGCCGUGGUUCGCCUAUUGCCUAGGCUAAAUUUGAACUGGUGAACUAUCAUCCCAUGAAAAAAUUAUUUUAAGGAGCCAGGUUCUCUCCUUAGAGUGGGGGUUCUCAAACUGGGGGUCGUGACCCCCUCAGAGGGUCGCAAGGUUAUUACAAGGGGGUCACGAGCUGUCAGCCAUGCACAGGGUUGGCAGCCCGAGCCCUGCCAGCCCAGCUCCAUCCCCAACCCUGCUCCAGAAUUUAAAAGAGUGUUAAAUAUAAAAUCCUGUGUUUUUUAAUUUAUAAGGGGGGGUCCCACUCAGAGGCUUGCUGUAUGAAGGAGUUUGCCAAUAUAAAAAGUUUGAGAACCACUGCCUUAGAGCAUUUAGAAGGAGUGUUUGAAAGGACUGGAUAACAGCAGAAGUACUCAGAUACUAUGGUGAUGAGGCCAUAUAAGUGCUUGGAGCUGGCAUUUAGGGUUCUGUUAAAACUUUCAAAGGACUAGCUGGCUCAGGGGACUAGUUGUGGUUGGGCUAUGGAGCCAUUUACCUCCAGAUUGCAUUAGCUAUUGAUUAGUCUACAUGAAAUGGGUUUGGGGGAGUAUCACAAUCCCAUUCCUGACGGACAGGUGUCCCCCUCACUAAAACCACCAGCACAUUAUCUGACACCCAACACCGCCCCUGACCCGACAGUAUCACUGAAGAGGCCAAAGUCUGAAAUGGCCGUGGAGACUGAACUCCCUUUCAUCUUUGAAGCAGUUGCACCAGGACAGGGGUUAGACACACUGGCAAGGCUGAGAGUGAUGGAACCUGGCUCUGCUGCACCUGCUCUGUGGAUGGAGAUCUAUGAGGCAGAGGGUCAUUCUGUUCUGUGUUUGUACAGAGCCUACCACAAUGGGAUCCUAAACCAUGACUGGAGCUCCUAGGCACUACAGCUAUACAAAUAAAUAAUAUCCUAUGUGUCACCUUUUACCCGUACUAAAGUCAUAAAAGACAAAUGGAUUUAUGUUCUACUUAAUGUGUCCUGCCUCCCAUCCUCCCAGAUGAAAGCACUAAGGUAUUGUUCAUUCAAAACCAGUGAAAAGUGACUGGUGUUGCCAUUUGUACCUAGAAGAGGUUUCUCAGUAUAUGCAACCCUCACACCCUCUCUGAGCCAUGUCAGCAAGUGUCAUCACCUUUGAAAUAUGUUUCAAUCGGCUUGCUUGGACUUGUAUCCCAGGCCAGGCUGCAGGCAUCACAAUAACACUUCUUUUCUCAGCUGAUGUAUCUGGACGUGUGUGAUUGUCCAUUACUGUAUAUAUGCGUGUGCAUGUUUAGAGAAUGUGUGUGCUGGUCAAGAGGGUGGAAUUUGUCCCCCUCAUCUUGAAAAUAUAAUGGAAAAACAGAGGAAAUAAAACAGUGGAGUUGAAAAGAAAAAUAAGUGUUUCUUCCUGGGGAGCUGCAGAAGCCCAAACCAGGAUGGGUAGAGCUGGUAGCAGCAGGCAGAAUGAGGGUGGGAUUACAACAAGUGGAUAGUGUAGUGUUAAACCAUCAAGUUUGAAAUUUGUGGACUCCCUGGAGCUAGGUCCCAGUACUGAUAGCUCUGACUUAACUAUUCAUCCUCUUAAAGUUCACUAUGUGAAGGUCUUCAGGAUGAGAUCUUAAAAACACAAAUCCUACCUGUGUAGCCAUUAAAGAUUCCAUGGUACGAAUAAAGGUUUUCCUUCAGACAAAAUUGCCCCUCCACACCCACAAUGGUGUAGCAGGUAUGAUGUCACUCUCUGCUUCCAUGUGGCAGACGCUACUUAAAGGGGCUCUGUCAUAAAUAUAAAGGGAAGGGUAAACCCCUUUAAAAUCCCUCCUGGCCAGGGGAAAGCUCCUCUCACCUGUAAAGGGUUAAGAAGCUAAAGGUAACCUCGCUGGCACCUGACCAAAAUGACCAAUGAGGAGACAAGAUACUUUCAAAAGCUGGGAGGAGGGAGAGAAACAAAGGGUCUGUGUGUCUGUCUAUAUGCUGGUCUUUACCGGGGAUAGACCAGGAAUGGAGUCUUAGAACUUUUAGUAAGUAAUCUAGCUAGGUAUGUGUUAGAUUAUGAUUUCUUUAAAUGGCUGAGAAAAGAAUUGUGCUGAAUA